AUGGCUUCAGCCGCGACCUUUCCGAAGCUCCAGCUUGGUCCGCGAUGCCACGGCUACUCCCAUCUUCAGGCGGCUGACCCGGUCCAUGUCCACAUGAAGAUUGGUGAUUCUUGCAAGUGCCCCAUGCCCGCCCAAGGGUUGCUUGUUUCUACCGGGAGAAGUGCAAGGCACACAUUCCUGCCGGUGUCGGCGGCUCGAUCAGGUCGGGGCGCAUCGGUCGCCGAGGCCGAGAAGACCGGGCUCUCGCUGGAUAGCUUCAAGACAACCGUUGUCAAACGCGACGACGAAAAGAUCCAUUUAAGAAUCGAGCUGCCCGGGAAGGAAACGCAGAAGGUGUUUGAUGCAGCCCUGACGAGCCUGGCCAAGGACGCGCCGCCGGUUCCAGGUUUCAGAAGGUCUAAGGGAGGUAUUGAUUCACAGAUACCAAGCAGCAUUCUCCUGUCGAUGCUCGGCAAGAGCCGGGUCACCAAGUUCAUCCUUCAGGAAAUACUCAGUGUCACCGUCGGCGAUUUCGUCAAGAAGGAGAACCUCAAGGUGAACCCUGAGAUCGCGACGACGCAGUCAGAAGGCGACCUGGAGUCGUCGUUCGCGCCGGGCUCGUCGUUCGGGUUCAAUGUGAUCCUCGAGCUGGAGAAGGAGCCUGACACGGAUGACGCCAUUGAUAUCGAGCUAUCGGACUCCAAGGACGCCCCUGACGUGAAGCAGUCCGACUCCGAAGAGCCUUCCGAAGAGGAGCCCCCCUCCUCCACCUGA